AUGAUCACCGAGCGAUCACAAUCAAUACCUGGCAUGUGGCCCUACAUAAUGUCCAUGGCAAAACAAAAUGGUCUUAAUACAGUGCAAACUUAUGUAUUCUGGAAUAUACACGAACAAAAACGUGGCACCUAUGAUUUUAGUGGUCGCGCGAAUUUAAGUCAAUUUCUUCAAGAUGCAGCUAACGCAGGAUUGUUCGUUAAUUUACGAAUUGGUCCCUAUGUAUGUGCUGAAUGGGACUAUGGUGGUUUCCCUUGA